GUAGGGACGAAUGGUUUCCGGUAAUGGUGUUUGGGAGGAGCCGGGGAAAGGGGGUGUGAGCGCAUGCCCUGUGACCCUUGGCCCCAGCAACCCCCUGCAGCCAGUCCAAGAUGAUGGGCUGCGAAGAGUCAGAGAUAAAAUUGGUGAAAGGGGAAGAAGCGGUGGUGGCCCCGGGACCACCUCCAGAACCCCGCACCCCGGACUCCGGAGCCCCAGUACCCGAGCCCGGCCUGGAUCUGAGCCUGAGCCCGCGGUCCGACAGCCCAGAGCGGCAGACCUGCAGCCCGAGGCGGCGGAAUUGGGGGGCAAACCAGUGGGGCGGGGCCCGCAAGGGGCGGCAGGUCCGCUUCCGCUUGGCGCCACCCUCACCCUCCCCGGCCCGAUCCGAGCCGCAGCCGGUCACCGCAGCACCUAACGAGGAGCCUGUGGCACCGCAGGACCUGGGUGCGCCUGCGCAGCACAGCAGCUUGGCUUUGAGCCUCGAGCUGCAGGCUGCGCGGGCAGCAGCCGCGGAACAGUUCGAUGCCACAAAGGCAGUGGAGGAACAGCUGAGAAAGUCGUUCCAGACCCGCUGUAUCGUGGAGGAGAGCGUAGCAGAGGGGUUGAACGUGCCCCGCUCCAAGCGGCUUUUCCGGGACCUGGUGAGCCUGCAGGUGCCGGAGGAACAGGUUCUGAAUGCUGCGCUAAGGGAGAGGUUGGCGCUGCUGCCAAUCCAUGCUCGAGCCCCGCCCCCAAAGGAAGCACCUGGGCCAGGGCCAGACAUGACUAUGCUGUGUGACCCAGAAACAUUAUUUUAUGAAUCUCCACACCUGACCCUGGACAGCCUUCCCUCCCUAAGCCUUCAACUCCGGCCGCGCCCUUCAGAGGAUACCUUUCUCAUGCAUCAGACACUGAGGCGAUGGGAAGUGUAGACCUGGAGGCUCACAGAAUUGCUAUAGUUAAUAAGUAUCAGAAUAAAGUGGUUUUGCUAAUAAA